GUACACUCUAUGCGUAACGCCGCACCUACUCAUUGCCCUUAUUGAUAGCAUACCUGCUAUCAACGACUUUGAGGUAGCGGAGUGAAGUAGCCGUCGGUCAGCGUUGACGGAUUGAAAACUGUCACGCAGGAUUGGUGGGUGGGAGAAAACGUCAGACAGAAGAAAAGGAGAAUUGGAAAGGCCACAUGCUGGAAAAAUUUCUUUAUAGUUAAGAUUCGCAUUAGUUUUGCUUAAGUUAUAUCAAAUUGUCUUAAUGUUACAGUUGUUCGUAUAUCUAAGUGAGUUAGCGUUGACGAUAACGGGCACACAUGCAAGCAAUAUUCGUUCCGCAGUUUGUAUAUUUCAGUCGAUAACGGUAAUUAUGCUAGAUUAAAACCUAAACUAAAUGCUAAUAAUUGUCCUUAUAAAUAGAAGUUUGUGAAUUGUAAUUGGCGUCGUCUGGAAACGAUCCCCGUCAUACGUGCAGGAAACUUACAAACGUAAGUAAACACAAUCAUAACCUACAAUGUUAAACUAAUAUAAAAUUAUUCCACCCAGGAAAAUUUUAAUCGCUCUGCUCCAAUAAAACGAUUAAAAUUACGGAAACUUGUUUCUAUCGUUGCAUUUGCAACAUUUUAAAAUUUUCGUUUUUCGGAUCGAUCGGAGAUGCCUAGAAGAAGCCGACGACGGAAUCGGGCGCCGGAAGAAAGCAUUCAGCAGACGUGCCUGCUUUGCAACCUUCCGGACAGCAGCGAGAUGGUGAGUUGCGAUAAAUGUGCUCAGUGGUUCCACUUCGAGUGUGUCGGAGUCAACGCGAAUGUGGCCAACAGGUCAUGGAGCUGCCCGGGUUGCUCUCCAGCUACAGAUCCGGCUCCACGUCUGCCACAGUCAUCGACCCCGUCUGCAUCGAAUUCAGGUGAGCCCCAUAUUCACGCAACUCUAUCGCCACCGCCUGCCAUGCCCAUAACAGUUCCGUCAGUGCCUCACUCGCGAACGCCAACCCCUCGCCCUCGUUCGACGCUAAUGCAAAAUCCGCCGCCGCCUACACCUCUUCCGCGUACCCCAAUUCCACGAACAACGUCAGUGUCAGUUGCAGAGGUUCCAGAAGUGCGAAUCGUUGAUCAGGAGUUAUCGGAUGAAGUGAAUAUCGUGGAACGACUGCCAGCUGAUCUUCGCCUCCAGUUUCUGGAACAGCAGGAAGCCAUCGAGCAGCGAUAUUUGUUGCGUAGGUUCCAGCUACUGCUAGACAUGCCGACGAACGAGAAUAGUGCGAAUUCGCAAGGUCCCCGCGGAAAUGUUCCGGCAAGCCAAGUUCGUGAUCUUCCUCCAAUGUGCCAUUCUUCGCCAGUUGGUGUCAAUCAGUUGCCUCCACCGCCCACACCGAUGAAUAGGAACGUUUCGCCAUUUGUACCAAUAUCACAUCCAGACAGAUUUGAUGACCCCUCGGUUAUUCCGGCAUUGCUCAACGUUCGACUGGAUGCUUCGACGAUCCCUUUGCGGCAGGUCAAUCAACAACCGAAUUUCCCCGCUUCUCGUCCACCUCAGUCCGUUUUACGUCCCGUUGCUUCGUCGUUCGUUCCGCCUCCGAAUCGAUCACGCUUCAACGAGUUUUCUCAGGCUAAUGGUCAUCAACGCAACCGAACUUCUGCGUUUGCUCCCUUUGAGAACGAUUCACAUCCCGCGACAUAUAACCCGUCAGCUUUUCACGAUGAUCCAACUACAGCAGGAGGGACGGCGCUGUUGAACAGGCGUCAACUUGCGGCCCGUCAUGCAGUUCCGAAGGAGUUACCAAUGUUCACUGGCGAACCAGAGGAGUGGCCCCUAUUCUAUGCGUCUUUGAGAACACGACACACCUGUGCGGGUUCACUGGGGAGGAAAACAUGGUGCGUUUGCGUAAGUGCCUACAAGGGAAAGCACUGGAAGCGGUUAAAUGUCAACUGUUGCAUCCAAGCAACCUGGAUGAAGUCAUUGCUACCCUGA